AUGCUUUCGUUUGAGUCAGCCGAUGACCAGGUCCUCAAGGUCCUGGGACUCCGGUGGCAUUCUCAGUCGGACACCUUUGGCUUUCAAAUCAACCCGCUGAAUCGGAACUGCACGAAACGCACCAUUUUGUCGGAGGUGGCCCGCGUGUUCGACCCCUUGGGUUUUUUGACCCCGUUGACGUUCACCGCGAAGUGCCUGAUCCAGAGGUUAUGGACGCUAAAGCUCGAGUGGGAUGACGAACCCCCGUUGGAGGUCCGCCGCCAAUGGGAGCGUUACCAAUCGGAGUUCGACGCGUUGACCGCGCUCCGUAUCCCGCGCACGUUCCCAGUGGGCGAUAACAUUCGAUAUGAGCUCCACGGUUUUUGUGACGCAAGUGAGCUGGGCUACGGGGCCGUAAUCUACCUGCGUGCCGUCGCUCCAUCGGAGAGCAAACGCUUGCUUCUUUGUGCCAAGUCAAAGGUGGCUCCCCUCCGCGCGGUCUCUUUACCCCGAUUGGAGCUCUGUGCCGCGUUGCUCCUCGCCGAUUUAACUGCGUACGUCCGUCAGGUGUUACGGGGUCACACCGUCAUUGACACUGAGCGCGCUUGGUCCGAUUCCACGGUCGCGCUUUGUUGGAUUCGAUCCUCUCCGCAUCGAUGGAAGACAUUCGUACGCAACCGCGUCGCUCGUAUACAGGAGAGGAUUCCGAUUGCGGCUUGGGGACACGUGCCCACGGAUCAAAAUCCGGCGGAUCAUUGCUCGCGCGGACUGUUUCCCCGCGACCUCGUGGCUAGCUCGAUGUGGUGGGAGGGACCCGAGUGGUUGACGGACUUCGAGACUCACGUCGAACCGGUCCUCUCGGAGGAGUCGCUUCCCCGCGAGGAAGAGCGGAUCACCUCGCUCGUGUCACUCGAUCCGCCCGGUUCAUUGCUCGCGUUAUUGGAUCGCUUCUCGUCGCUAGACAAAAUCUGUAGAAUAGUCGCAUACGUUUCUCGAUUCCUAAGUCGUUCCAGGGCCAGGCCGGCACCCGCGACCUUGGCCGUGGACCAACACGAAUCGCAUUCCGCAUUGUUAACGUUAAUCAAACUCGUCCAGCUGGAUUCGUUUGAGGAGGAGAUCGAUCGUCUAGGGCACCGGAAAGGGCUGCCAAAACCGUUUCUCAAACUCGCUCCUUUUUUGGACCCAACGGGUCUUCUCAGGGUGGGCGGCAGGCUGAUUCACUCGGGAUUGGCCUACGAGACCAAGCACCCUAUGUUGUUGCCCAACAAACACCGGUUAACCGACCUCAUAAUCGAGCGGGAGCACCGUGCGAAUCUGCACCCGGGUAGACGCACGCUCCAAUAUCUCCUCGCACAACAGUUCUGGAUCCUCGGAGUCCAUCGCGCAAUUCGACGCGUGCUCUCUGCGUGUUAUAAGUGCUUCCGAGCGAACCCUCGCCCGAGUCAACCGCUCAUGGCGGAGCUACCGGUCGACCGCGUGAGCCAGGUCAAGCCCUUUCG